UUUAAGAGUCUCGUUACUGGUUCAGUCUGUGAUUUGCUACCGUGCGAUCAAGAGGAUAACACGGUGAGGGAUCUUUUGGAACUUUCGUUGCUGGAAAAACGUGAAUACGUGUGUUUUCGGAUAGUUGGAGGGUAUUUGAAACCGCUGAUUCGGGGAUAACCAAAGAAUUGACACGUGAAAAUUUGGAACAGUUAAAUAACACGUGUAGUUCGAGAUUCAGCAAAUCCUAAGAUUUACAAAAUGCUGAAGUGGGUCGUAACACGUGGACCCAAUGGUGUGGGCACCUCUUUAUCGGCAACAAACGCCCUCCGAGUGCCUCCCAUCAACAUCCCAGCCGCAACGCCAGACACUUGUUCCUGCAACAAGGAAAAUCACUGCCAGGAGUUCAUCGAAAUAGAAAACAACAACUCAUUUGCUUUCAACGAUUUGGGCAACUAUUACAGUCCCCGGAAGUGCCGUCUCUCUUCCGGUCCAGUAAAACGUAGCGCAACUCAUGGACAGUGUCAGUGUUCCCGUGCCACCCGAAGUGACCGCGAACCGCUAGAUUUAUCCUGUGCAGCCAAACGAUUAAACUUUUCGUCCAGUAAGGAAAAUUGUAGCACUCCACUGACUUCGCGCAUCUCAACCCAAGGACGAACUAAGAAGCUUAGAACUCGUCGGGAGCGAAAUAAAACUCUCUCCAAACGACUGUCCUCCGUUCAUUUUGGUCAACAAACCCCAAACAGUCCGGCAGUGGGCAACAAAAUGCAUCCAUCCUCAAUUAUGGACCUUUACCAGAAUCCAGUCAGUGUUGAUCUUCUGCAGAGUUUCCUCAACUCUAACCAGAUGUUCAACGAACGAGAAGUCAAAACGCCUCCAGAGGAAAACGAAAAUAGUCCCAGCGGAUGUGGUCAACUUUAUCGGCAGCGAGCGAUCCGAUAUCGCAAACAGCCGGGGAGAACCGAACUGCAGAAGGUGUCCACUGCAAAUAGUUAUUUCAAUUCGUAUGUUUUUCGAUAAGAGAAAUUAUUUAAUUUUUCAAUUUGGUUAUUCUUGUAGUUAUGUUUCAAAUUAUUACUGGUACAGCAAGUAUACUA